UGACACGCGUCUCCUCCCGAAAAGUCUGUCAGAGAAAGUCAGGCACAGUGGAUCUACGAACAACCCGAACCCAAACCGCGCCAAACCGGGCCGGAGCGAACCGACAGGCUCCGACCAGCUCCGGGCGCUUCGGGACCAGAACUCCGCGGAGUCCUGCGCCGAACGAGAUGGACAGUAUUAGUCCCAGAGCUGCUCCUCAGUGAUGGACACACUUCCCGUCUCUGGUCCUGGACUUCCUGUUGACUCUGGAGCCUGGAGCCAUGCUGGUCGCCAUGGAAACGCCGGACCAGAGCAGCAUCAGCACCAGUGAGAGCUGCGAGACCCCCGAGGUCGAGACGCUGCUGUCCUCCAUCCACCUGGACAGAUAUGUGGAGAUCUUCGUUAAAGCUGGUCUGGUCUCUGCCUCGGACUUGCUCUUCUUGGACCAGGACUCUCUUCUGAGUUUGGGCGUCACCGCCACCGGACACCGCAAACGGAUCCUGCGCCUGAUCGGCCACCUGCAGCGCACUUCCUGUCCCCCGCGCACCAAUCAGAGCGCCCCCAUGUUGGACUCCACGGACCCCAAACGGCCCGGACUCAAACCGGUCCCGAAACCUCGGACCGUCUUCAACCGCCGCCGCACCACGCCCGUCCACUUCUCCCCGUCGUCACAUGACCCGCAGCGGCCAAUCAGGAGGCUCUCCCCGGAGUCGCGCAGUCUAGACUCUGAUAAUCUCCCCGGCAACAGCGGCGUGACUCCUUCUUCAGUGACAUCGGACUGUGAGAAUCCGCCCGGUGACCAAUCGACCAAUCACAGGAGUCGAUCUAUGUCAGACGCUAGCUCUUUCGUUCCGCCCGUUCCGCCGCGGAUACGACGUAGUUUUAACGCUUUUUCAGCUCCUCCCGUCAGCGAAAACCCACUUCCUGUAACUCCUCCCCCUCGUACGGUUAGUCCUACCGAUAUUCCAGAAUCUAGCGUUAGUCCUACCGGGAAUAAAAAGUUCCUAAAGUCCAGACCGAGCCGGAGCAGGUCGCUAACGGACGUUUUGCCGCCGAUCCCACCGCGACAGAGUAGAAGUAAGAAGAAGCAGGAGGAGACGCUGGAUUCUGAUUGGACGGAAGGAGGUGACGCGAUGGAGAUGGUGUCCAACGAGAUCUACUGGGGGUCUACGCUCAGUGGGAGGGGCUACAGUCAGCAGGCCCCGCCCACUCCACCCAGACUGCCCACAGAGAGGAGCCAGGAGAGGAACAGCAGCAGCACGUUGAGCAACAACUCCUCUUCGUCCACUAGAGCGUCCACGGAUGACCCGGAGGAGGAGAUCAGUCCGUACUGUGAGACCGUGUUCUCCAGGAGGACCCCGCUCCCCGAGAUGGACCGGAGCAGAGAUCACGGAGGCUCUCCUCAGACCGACCAGGAGAGUCCUCAGAGUCUGUGGCUGAAGCGUCUCUCUCCGCACGAGUCCCCGCCCCCUCACCUGGACGAUGACAUCAUCUCGCCGUACGCCAGUUACACGUCUCUGAAUGACAAGGCCCCGCCCGUCCUCAGCGGCUGGCUCGACAAGCUCUCUCCUCAGGGGAACUAUGUUUUCCAGAAACGUUUUGUCAAGUUUGACGGACAGAACCUCAUGUACUUUGGCCACGAGAAGGACGCCUACCCCAAAGGUGUGAUUCCAUUGGCUGUGAUCCAGAUGGCCCGCCCCUCCAAAGACAACAAGUUUGAGAUCGUCACCAGCAACAGGAUCUUUGUGUUCAGGGCCGACAAUGAAGUGCUCAGGUCUCGUUGGGUCCGGACUCUGCAGGACUUCAUCAGGGAGCAGCUGGUCUUCGUGCGGAGGAGGUUUGGACCUGGACUCCACUGUCAGAAACACGGACCUCUGGAGACCAAGGGCCACAAGUCCAAGGUCUACACCGCCAUCUACGGAGACCAGAUCUGGAUCCACAAGAACCAGCAGUGCUUCCGAAACGGGAUCGCGGUGACGGUGAUCGAGGCUCGUGGGGCGACCAUCCGAGACGGAAAACACAAGGGCUUCGACCUCAUCACCCCCUACAAGACCUUCAGUUUCAUCGCCGACUCGGAGCGUGAGAAGAGGGAGUGGACCGAGGCGCUUCAGGAGGCGAUCUCUGAGACCCUGUCCGACUACGAGGUCGCCGAGAAGAUCUGGUCCAACAAGUCCAACAGGGUCUGUGCGGACUGCAGGGCCCUGAACCCGGACUGGGCCUCCAUCAACCUGUGCGUGGUCAUCUGCAAGAACUGUGCAGGUCAGCACCGCAGCCUCGGCACCUCUGUGUCCAAAGUCCAGAGCCUCAAACUCGACACCAGCGUUUGGAGCAACCAGAUCGUACAGUUGUUCAUCAUGUUGGGGAACGAUCGCGCCAACGAGUUCUGGGCGUCUCGGCUGCCGGCCUCAGAGGAGCUGGACUGUGACGCGGCUCCGGAGCUCAGGAGAGAGUUUAUCGCUUUAAAAUACAGAGAGGGACGAUGGAGGAGCCCACACCCCGGCUUCAGCAACCACCCGCAACUGCUCAAGGUGCUGUGUUCUGCCGUGUCAGAACAGACGCUGCUCAAAACCGUCACGCAGAUCUUCUCGGAGGCGGAGGCGGCGCGGUUGGCCAGCGAUGCAAACGGUUCCCACGGCAACAGCUCCUGCACCGACAAGGCGGCGCCACCUUCAGACCCGACUGACCCCGGAGUCUACGACGAGAUCAUGCAGCCCGUGCUCCUCGGGUUCCUCUACAAGUCCUCGUCCUCCCACAGAGGAACGCUGUCCAGGAGAACCAGAGACGACUUCCAGAGGUUCUGGUGCAGCGUGGACCGGUCUCUGGUCCUGUUUGAGACCGAGCUGAGUCCAGACCCGGUCCUCAACAUAAACUACAGAGACCUGCUGUGUCUGGGAGUGAGCCGACCUGACGGGAGCAAGAGGCGGAGCAACGGCUUCAUCGACAGGUUCCGUUACACGUUUGAGCUGUACCUGUCCUCAGAGAAGCUCCUCCAGUUUGGACUAGAGACCGCGGACGAGCUCCACAGCUGGACCAAGGCCAUCGGGAAGGCGUUCACCCCUCUGAGCUGCCACUGUCUUCUGUCCCGGGAGUUUGAGCGCGUGGGGCUGCUCCGGUACAGGGCCAUGAUCGACCCGCAGCAGUGGAGAGACGCCUUCUUCGUCCUGCAGAAGUCCAACCUGUUCAUCUGCCCCAGCACCGACGGAGCCGCAGAGGACAUCAUCAACCUCAGGAGGCUGCAGGAGCUCAGUGUUUCUUCAGAAGGAGACGGUGAGAAGAAGGACACUCUGGUCCUGGUGGAGAGAGGACGCACGCUGCACCUUCAGGGGGUGGCCCGCACAGACUUCUCCCUGUGGUGCGCGGACAUCCAGAGGGCGUCCGGAGGGAGGGGGAACUCUCUGAGGGAACAGCAACUCAGCCGGAACGACAUCCCCAUCAUCGUGGACAGCUGCAUCGCCUUCAUCACGCAGUACGGUCUGGGUCACGAGGGGAUCUACAGGAAGAACGGGGCAAAGUCUCGGAUCAAACUGCUGAUGGAGGAGUUUCGUAAAGACGCUCGGAACGUCAAACUGCGAAUCGGAGAUCACUUCAUCGAGGACGUGACCGACGUGCUCAAACGCUUCUUCAGAGAAAUCGACGACCCGAUCUUCAUGAGCGACCUGCACCCCCUGUGGCAGGAGGCCGCAAAGAUUCCUCAGAAGAGUCAGAGACUGGACCGAUACAAAGAGAUCAUCAGGAGUCUGCCCCGAGUCAACAGAACCACGAUGGCCGCUCUCAUCAGCCACUUAUACAGGGUGCAGAAAUGCGCCGACCUGAACCACAUGUGCACCAAGAACCUGUCCCUGCUCUUCGCUCCGAGCCUGUUCCAAACCGACGGCAAAGGAGAGCACGAGGUGAAGAUCGUGGAGGACCUCAUCGACAACUACCUCUAUGUGUUCGACAUUGACGAGGAGCACCAGACGCAGAUGGAGCUGGAGAUAAGUCUGAUCACGAGCUGGAAGGACACUCAGCUCUCUCAGGCCGGAGACCUCAUCAUCGAAGUUUAUUUAGAGAUGAAGAUCCCAGACUGCUGCAUUACACUCAAGGUUUCUCCGACCAUGUGUGCGGAGGAACUGACCAAUCAGGUUCUGUAUCUAAGGAACGUCCCGCCCUCCGACAGAGACGUGUGGAUGACGUUUGAGGCCAUUGAAGACGGACAGCUCGAGCGCCCCCUACACCCCAAAGAGCGCGUGCUGGAGCAGGCUCUGCAGUGGUGCAACAUGGCCGACCCCAGCUCCGCCUUCCUCAUCGUCAAAAGAGUCCCCAAAGAAGACGCCAUCAACAUAUUCACAUCGUACAAAAGUGAGGUGAUGAAGGUGGGCCUGCUGAGAUGCAGAGAGGAGCCUCCAAAGCUGCUCCAGGGAAACAAGUUCCAGGAGAGAACUUUCCAGAUCCAAGGGAACAAGCUGCGCCUGCUGAAGGACAAGAAGGUACUGUCCUCCACCAGAAGAACAAGCACUGUCCUCCACCAGAAGAACAAGCACUGUCCUCCACCAGAAGAACAUGCACUGUCCUCCACCAGAAGAACAAGCACUGUCCUCCACCAGAAGAACAAGCACUGUCCUCCACCAGAAGAACAUGCACUGUCCUCCACCAGAAGAACAAGCACUGUCCUCCACCAGAAGAACAAGCACUGUCCUCCACCAGAAGAACAAGCACUGUCCUCCACCAGAAGAACAUGCACUGUCCUCCACCAGAAGAACAAGCACACAUCUUCAUUUACCUUCUACUGAAGGACACACACACCACCACAGACCUUCUACUGAAGGACACACAUGAAC